AUGAACAAAUUAAAUUCAAGAGUUUUGAAUUUUUCCCACAAGGCUAAUCAAUUCAAGCACAAAGAGUUAGCCCAUCUCAUCCACAGCAUUGUGGAUUCAACCCAGUCUAAGUUCCAGGCGAAUUUACUCCUGAAUGAUUUGUCCAAGUCUGGUCGACUCGAUGAAGCCCGCCAGCUGUUCGAUAAAAUGCCGAGUAGGGAUGAGUUUUCUUGGAACACCAUGAUAGCUGCUUAUGCCAAUUCAGGAAGGCUAAAUGAAGCUAAACAACUAUUUGAUGCGACCCCAAGUAAAACCUCCAUCACUUGGUCUUCACUCAUAUCUGGGUAUUGUCGAAAUGAGUGUGAAAGUGAGGCUUUUGUAUUGUUUUGGCAAAUGCAGCUUGAGGGACACAGGCCGAGCCAGUACACGUUGGGCAGUGUCCUAAGGUUGUGCUCAACUUUGGUUUUGCUCCAAAGUGGUGAACUUGUUCAUGGGUAUGUGAUAAAGACCCAGUUUGACACUAAUGCCUUUGUUGUCACGGGUCUGGUUGACAUGUAUGCAAAGUGCAAGCGCAUUUCGGAAGCUGAAUAUCUCUUUGAGACUCUGCCAGACAGAAAAAAUCACGUGCUGUGGACUGUUAUGCUUACAGGGUACUCUCAAAAUGGUGAUGGUUUUAAGGCAAUGAAGUGUUUUCGGGACAUGCGAGCUGAAGGGGUUGAAUCCAAUCAGUUUACAUUCCCUAGCAUAUUGACAGCUUCUGCCUCAAUUUUGGCAAAUAGUUUCGGGGCUCAGGUGCAUGGAUGCAUUGUUCAGAGUGGUUUUGGGGCAAAUGUGUUUGUCCAAAGUGCAUUGGUUGAUAUGUAUGUGAAAUGUGGAGAUCAUAAUAGUGCAAAGAAGGCACUUAAAAGCAUGGAGGUUGACGAUGUCGUUUCUUGGAACUCCAUGAUUGUUGGGUGUGUAAGGCAAGGGUUUACAGAAGAAGCUUUGUCCUUGUUUAAAGAAAUGCGUUCGAGAGAACUGAAGAUUGAUCACUUUACUUAUCCAUCUGUUCUAAACUCCCUUGCUGCACUGAAGGACAUGAAAAAUGCAAUGGCGAUUCAUUGCCUGAUUGUGAAGACUGGAUUUGAGGUUUAUCAACUUGUGGGCAACGCUCUUGUUGAUAUGUAUGCUAAACAGGGAAAUAUAGAUUGCGCACUUGAGGUGUUUAAGCAUAUGUCAGACAAGGAUGUUAUCUCAUGGACCUCCCUGGUAACCGGCUAUGCACAUAAUGGCUCUCAUGAAAAAGCACUUAGAUUGUUCUGUGAGAUGAGAACAGCAGGGAUCUAUCCAGACCAAUUCGUAAUUGCCAGCGUUUUGAUUGCCUGUGCAGAGCUGACAGUUUUGGAGUUUGGGCAGCAAAUUCAUGCAAACUUUAUUAAGUCCGGCCUUCAAGCAUCCAUAUCAGUUGAUAAUUCAUUUGUGACUAUGUAUGCAAAAUGUGGGUGCAUAGAAGACGCCAAUAGAGUUUUUGACUCUAUGCAAAUUCAAAAUGUGAUUACUUGGACAGCUUUAAUAGUUGGUUAUGCCCAGAACGGUAGAGGAAAGGAGUCCCUAAAAUUUUACGAUCAAAUGAUUGCGACUGGCACACAACCAGACUUCAUUACUUUUAUUGGCUUAUUAUUUGCUUGUAGCCAUGCUGGUCUUCUGGAAAAAGGUCAAUACUACUUCGAAUCGAUGAAUAGGGUUUAUGGAAUACAACCAGGUCCUGAGCACUAUGCAUGUAUGAUUGACCUCUUGGGGCGCUCAGGGAAGCUUAAGGAGGCUGAGGCAUUAGUUAAUCAAAUGGUUGUGGAACCAGAUGGGACUGUAUGGAAGGCGCUACUUGCUGCAUGCAGAGUACAUGGGAACAUAGAACUGGGAGAGAGGGCAGCAACAAACCUAUUUAAAAUGGAGCCUUUAAAUGCUGUGCCUUAUGUUCAGUUAUCUAACAUGUAUUCUGCAGCUGCUAGAUGGGAAGAUGCUGCAAGAAUCAGAAGAUUGAUGAAAUCAAAGGGAAUUCUUAAGGAGCCUGGAUGCAGCUGGAUUGAGAUGAACAGCCAAGUGCAUACAUUUAUGUCUGAAGAUAGAAGCCAUUCAAGGACAGCUGAAAUUUAUUCCAAAAUCGAUGAGAUCAUGAUGUUGAUCAAGGAAGCUGGAUACGUCGCAGAUAUGAAUUUCGCACUUCAUGACAUGGAAAAAGAGGGUAAGGAGCUUGGCCUAGCGUAUCACAGUGAGAAGUUGGCUGUUGCUUUUGGGCUCCUCACCACACCACCAGGAGCACCAAUCCGAAUUUUUAAGAAUAUCCGGAUGAAACUUGAAGCUGCUGAAAGCUGGAUAAGCAAUGGGCCCCAAACCUAUGACAGUCAAGUGAACACUGACACUGUAGGGAAUUAUGUUCGUCAGUCAUGUAUGAGAAUUCGAACUCUCAUGUACUGCAUAAAGAGAUCUCCUCCUCAUCCAAUUGUCUUAGAUAAUGCAAACCAUUUUCUACCUCCAUCAAAUCAGCUCAUCAGGAUUCUGAAUCACUACACCUUGAGUACAGGAUUUCUUGAAAAUACAAGAUCAGAGAUUCUAAUAAGACUAUGA